CUCUCCCCGCACUCUCUCUCUCCCCGUUCUCUCUCUCCCCGUUCUCUCUCACGCACACACCGCUUCACCAGUCGAAGCCGGGUCUCCCAAUUCUCCCCGCAUACAACUUCACGCCGUUGACUCUCUCUCUCUGUGUCUCUCAUGGUCAACUCCCUCCUUCUCUCUCUCUCUUUGGAACAUCUCGAGAGCUCUCCCCCUGCGCGCGACCGGAUUCAUAGCGAGAUUGGUUUCCUGCCACUGUGGGAGCGGACAGGGCUACGGACUCACACAUACAACGCUGACGCGUGGAUAGGGCAUGCGGACAGACUAGGCCAAAUAGGAAGGGUUGAGGCAGGUAGGCAGAAAGACAUACCGACAAAACACAGACGUGGACAUAGGUGUCAAGGUCCAAGUUUACGUUGAUCUGAAAUAAUUGUACCGCACAUUUAUACAUUUGGAAUCUAUGCCGCAAUGGUCGCCCACUCCUCUACUGUGAAAACUUGGCAGGACCCUCCUGAAAAAAGAAUAUUGAGCCUCGGUGAGGCUUCGUUGGGCAUAUAAGCGUAAAUAUACAGAUAGGUAGGUCGAAAACUCAGACACAAGUUCAGACAGGUGAGUAGGUAAGUCAAUAAACAGGUAGACAUACAGGUGAGUAGGCAGGUAAGUUGAUACACAAGUAGACAUACAGGUGGGUAGAUCAACUUUUAUACAGGUAGAGAGACAGUAAAAUAUAUUAAUUUGUAAGGAGGUAGUCAAACAAAAAUACAGACGGGUAUUUAUACAGACAGGCAGUAGAUAGGUGGAUAGGUGGACAGGUAGAUAAUUAGACAAUUAGGUAAGUAGGUACAUAUAGGUAGAUAGGCAGAAAGGUACAUAGGUCGGUAGACAUUUCAACAGGUAGACAUACAGGUAGGUGGGUAGACAAUAAUACAGGUAGGCAUGCAGGUAAAUACACAGGUAUGCAGGUAGGAACAUCAAUAGCUGCAUGGGUACACACAAGCAGGAUAAGUGAACAAUCACACGGAACAUUUAGCAACAUCGAUAUACAGGUAAGAAGGUAGGAAACAGGUAGGUAGGUGGCUAGACAGUCAAGUCGACAGAGUAGCUGAUAGCUAUGUACAUAGGCGGAGAGACACACCGACAGGUAUUUGCACAGGUAUAUAUUUAUGUAUAUACACGGGCAGGUGGGUAAACAACGCAUAUGCAGACACUGGCAGGUACUUACACAGACAGACAUGUAGGCAAGUAAGUUGUUGGACAAAAAUACAAACAGGUAGGCAGGGAGAUAAGUAUACACAUUGAAGUUAGUUAUCCAGAUAGGUGGAUAGUUAGGUCGACAAAAAGAUACACAGGGUAGCAGGUAGACAGGUUAAACGAAGGUGUAGACACAGGUGUAGAGUGAGCGUCUGGCAGAGGAAGGAAGCGACCCCCCCCCCCCUAUCCAUACAUUCAUCCCCAGGUGGCUCCUCCGCUUCUUCCGUCCCACCCACCUCGCGCCGAUGGGACCCAUCCAGCAGCAGUGGCGGCAGCGGCAGCAGCUGCUCCUCCUCGUGUCGGCGCUCCGCUUCUGCUGCUGGGCACCGCGGUGCCUGGGCGCGGAAGCGGGCGCGGCGGCCCCCCGGCCGCACAUCGUCUUCAUCCUCGUGGACGACCAAGGGUUCAACGACAUCGGCUACCACAACCCGCACGUGCGCACGCCGCACCUCGACCGGCUGGCAGCGCAGGGGGUGCGUUUGGAGAAUUACUACGUGCAGCCCAUUUGUACCCCAACCAGGAGCCAGCUGCUCACGGGCAGGUACCAGAUCCACACGGGGAUGCAGCACUCCAUAAUCCGUGCACGCCAGCCGUCGUGCCUGCCAGCGGGGGUGCCCACUCUAGCCGAGGCGUUGCGGGAGGGCGCAGGCUACGCCACGCACGCCGUGGGCAAGUGGCACCUGGGCUUCUGGCGCCGUGAAUGCCUCCCCACGAGUCGCGGGUUCGACUCCUUCCUGGGCUCGCUCACGGGCAGCGCCGACCACUUCACGCACACCGCCUGCGCCGCAGGGGGGGGCUCUGGCUCCGCCGCCGCCGACGGGGCAAUGUCUGCGGCAGCGGAGGAGGAGGCAGCAGGGGCCGUGGGCGUGCCGCAGGCAGCGUCUGGGGCAGCGGCGGCGGUAGACGCGGCGUCGAGGGCAGCGGGCAAUUCGGGAGCAGCAGGGCCAGCGUCUGGGGCUGCAGCGGCGGGAGACGCGGCAUCAAGGGCAUCUGGCGUAUCGGGAGCAGCAGGGGUGGCCGGCACACCGCGGGCAGCGUCUGGUGCAGCAGCAGCAGAUAUAACAGGGGCAGUAGAUGUAGCAGCAGCAUCAAGGGCAGGAACUAGGACAGCAGGGACAGACUUAGGAUCAAGGGCAGCAGCAGGAGCAGCAGCAGCGGUAAUUGGAGGAGCAAGUGGUAAGGAGGGUGAUGCUGCUGCUGAUGAUGAGAGAGCAGCAGAGUUUCAAAGUGGAAGGAGUGCUCCUGCACGAGGAAUUGACAAAGGCUCGAGCAGCAGCAUCAGCAGCUUCAAAAGAGGUCAAACGAAGAAGCAAGAAGCUAAAUUGAAAUUGUCAUCACCACCAGCCCCUCAGCAGUGGCGAGCGAGUCAAGCGGGAGGGGCAGGGAGGCGAGCAGACACGAAGAUGAAGAUGAUGGAGAUGAAGAAGAUGAAAUUGAAGACUUCUGUCCACAAGAAGGCAACUUGGAGACUUCCUUGGUCAACAUCGUCUUCCUCUCCCUCUGCUUCCUCCUUUCCAUCCACCUCCUCCAUCUCUUCUUCGCUUAACGAUAACCAAACCACUGCGGGGACAGGCGGCGCCCCUGGGAAGAGGGCCGGGACCCGGGGAGGUGGAGAGUCCGGCACGGCUGCUGCUCCUGCAAUGCCCUCCGAGGUCCACUCCGACCAGAACGACGACGAGGCCACACGGGAGCCUCCCCGCCAUCACCACCAGCAGCAGCACCACCACUACCACCCCGAGCCUCCGCAAGAAGCAGGUCGAGAGCCGGGUCUCUUCCAUCUGGGGAGGGUUGCGGCAGCGGCGGUGAGGCUGAGAGGGAAGACCCGUGCUGGUGGUGGUGCGGGGUUGCUGUGUGGCUACGACCACUCCGAUGGAGAGACCCCGGACUACGAGGCGGCGGGGAGCUACUCUACGGAGGUUUACACGAGCGCUGUGCUGCGCCUGCUCGAGCAGCACUGGAGGGAGGGCAACGUGAUGCAGCAGCAGAAGGGGCAGCAGCAGGGGCAGAAGCAGCAGGGGCAACAGCAGGGACAGCAGCAGGGGCAGAAGCAGCAGGGGCAGCCGCUGCAGAGACAACAGCCAGAACAACAGCAUCAGAAGGGACACCAACAGGGGAAGCAGCAGGGGCAGCAGCGGGGGCAGCAGCAGGAGGGACAGCAGCAACACCAGCAACAGGGACAGCAGCAGCCUGGGCAGCAGAAAAAACAACAGCAGGAGCAGCACCAGCAGAAGCAGCAGGGACACCAGCAGGGGCAGCAGGAUCGGCAACAAAAGAAGCAGUUACAUGUACAACAGCAGAAGCAGCAACAGCAGUUACACAUACAACAGCAGAAGCAGCAGCAACAGUUGCAGAUACAGUUGAAGCAACAGUUGCAGCAACAGUUGGAGCAACAGUUGCAGCAACACCUGCAGCAGUUACACGUACAGCAAUUCCAGCAGGGGCAACAUCAGAAGCAACAACAGCAGCAGCAGUUAGGUGUACAACAGCGCCAGCAGCAACAGCAGCAGCACAAUCAUCAUCAUCGGCAGCUACACGGUCAGCAACAGCUAAAUUGGCAUCAAAAACAGCAGUCACACGUACAGCAGCAGCAACCACGUGCGCAGCUGCAACUAAUUGGGCAUCAACAGCUGCAUCAACAAAAGCAGCAGCAACCACAUGCGCUGCUGCGGCACAAUGGGAAGCAGAUACAUGGGCAGUUUCAGCUACAUGGGCAGCAACAGCACGUUGGGCAGUAUCAGCAGCAAAUUAAACAUCAGCUAAAUGGGCAGAAGCAGCAGCGUGGACAGCAGAAACGAAGGGGUCAACAGGUGGCGGUGGGGCAGCGUGGGCAAAGGUGUGCAAGGUGGGCAGCGACGCGGAGUAGCGGGCAGCCGUGGCGCGGGACCCGGGCGCAGCCCGCGAGAAUGGGUGUGCUGAGGGCAGUGGCGGGCAGAGGCCAGCAAGAGAUGCAUCAGAGAGAAGGGCAGUCUCGAUUGCAGCAGGGGCGAAAGCAGAAGACAGGAGGGCAGCGUCAGAUGCAAAAUGUAAAAGGACAGCAGCGGAGGGAAGAGAAGCAGGCAAAUGGGCAGCCGCAGCAGCAGCAGCAGAAUAAUCGACAGGGAGGGGGGCAGCAUACAGGAUGGCAGCAGACAAAAGGACAAGAACAGCAGGCGCAGCAGGACAAAGGGAAGCAGGGAAAAAGGCAGCAGAAGAUGCAACGACAAGGAGCGCAGCAGCAGUGGCAGAAACAGCAGGGAGGAUGGCAGCUGGUAACAGAGCAGCACGAGCAGCAGGUGCAGCAGGUAGAAGGGCAGCAGCAGGAGCAGAAGACAGGAGGGCAGCAGCAGAAGAUGCAGCAGAUAGGAGGGCAGCGGAAAAGAGGACAGCAGACAAGAGGGCAGGAGAAUCCGACUGAAGGGCAGCCGCAGAUGCAGCAGACAGGAGUGCAGCAGCAUCAGAGAGAGGGGCAGCAACAGAAGCAUCAGGCAGGCGGGCAGCAAACAGGAGGGCAGCAGCACCAGAGAGAAGGGCAACAUAGAGGAGGGCAGCAGCACCAGGGAGGGCAGCAUCAUGGAGAAGGGCAGCAGAAGACAAGAGGGCAGCAGCAUCAGAGAAAAGUGCAUCAGAGAGAAGGGCAUCAGCAAGCAGGAGGUCAGCAUCAUCAGGGGGGACAACAGGACGGAGAGCAGCCGGAAGUAGGGCAGCAUCUGACUGAAGAGAAGCAGGCAGAGCAGCAGCAGGUAAACGGGCAACAACAUCAGGGAGAAGGGCAGCAGGUAAGAGGGCAGCAGCAGCAGCAGCAGAAGCCGAUGUUCGUGUACGUGGCGUUCCGUGCGCCGCACGCCCCUGCACAGGCUCCGCGCCGUUUCGUGCUGCCCUACGCGCACCUCUGGAGCGUGGAGCGCCGCAGGCACCUCGCCAUGGUCACCGCGCUGGACGAGGCGGUGAGCAACAUCACGCGCGCACUCAAGCGCUACGGCUACUACAACAACACCAUCAUCGUGUACUCCACGGACAACGGGGGGCAGCCGUACAUCGGGGGCAGCAACUGGCCACUGCGGGGCCGCAAGGGCAGCUACUGGGAGGGCGGGAUGCGUGCCGUCGGCUUCGUGCACAGCCCGCUAAUCCCGGCGGAGCGCCAGGGCUCCGUGAGCCGCGGGCUCAUUCACGUCACCGACUGGUUCCCCACCCUGGCUCGCCUCGCUGGGGUCGACCUGCCCGCCUUCUUCGCGGAGAGGAGGAGGAAAAGGAGGCUGGCGGGAGCAGGAGACGGGGACGGAGGAGCGGGAGGAGACGGAGAGGGAGGAGGAGACAGAACAGAUGGCAAGGAAGGAGACUGGCAUGGAGAUGGGACCGGACGGGCGGAUGUGGCCGCAGGUGGUGGGAGGGGAGGUGAAACGGGAGAUGGGAGGGUGGGCCGAGGGUCGUGGGGCCAGGGGAGAGGUGGGAGAGAAGGUGGGAUAGAAGACGCGAGAGGUGAUGGGAAAAGAGAUCAGACGGAUGGGAGCGGAGGUGGGGCCAGACGAGAAGGUGUGGCAGGUCAUGGGAUAACAGGUGGGAAUGGAGAACACAGAAAUGUUAUGACAGGAGGUCAGAGAGGAGAUGGGACCACACGAGCACAUGUGGCUGGAGGAGGGAGAGAAGAAGGGAAAGGAGGUGCGAGCAGACGAAAAGGGGACGGUGCAGGAGGACAUGGCAAAGAAGACGAGCGAGAAGGUGGGAAUGGCGUUGGGUGGGGAUCAGACGGUACUGGUGAGGGAUCAGACCGGCUGCCCCUGCCCCUGGACGGCUUUGACGUGUGGGAUGUCAUCAGCCAGGGCAGUGAGUCACCACGGAAGGAAAUUCUACACAACAUCAACCCGAUGAAGCGCGUUUCUAGACAUGCAAUCGCUCAGCGACAGAGGGUCGCCCCCUCCCCCCUCUCAUCCUCGUCCUCCUCAUCCUCCUCGUCAUCUUCGUCAUCAUCUCCAUCCUCCUCGCACUGGGCGUGCAGCCUGGGCGUCUGGGAUUGCCACGUGACCGCCGCGCUGCGCUCGGGGCCCUGGAAGCUGCUGACCGGGGAUCCGGGUCACGGCGACUGGGUCCCCGUUCGGACUGGGCCGGAGCUCCAGGGCCGCUGGUGGAACCUGGAGAGGCGUUCCUACUCGCGAGGGCGGAUCGCAAAGGGCAGCGACAGCGGCAAGAGCAGCAAAGGCAGCAAGGGCAGCAGAGGGAAGGGCGAGAGGAGGAAGAGGAAAGGGAAGAAGAGAAGGAGCCGGAGAGGGAGGAGAGGGGCAGUGAUGGAGGAAGAGGCGAGGGCAUCAUCAUCCUCGUUGUCUUUGUCGUCUCAUUCUUCUGUUUCAUCAUCAGGGUCGUCAUCAUCAGCGUCGCCGAGCGGCAAUCUCGGGACAAGAUUAUUCCCCAGCCACUACACGAACAGCAACGUCAUCGACAGCAGCAACUAUAUCUUGCAGCAGCAGCCGCUGCUGCAGCAGCAGCACGUGGACAGCAAGCUGAGCCCAGCUGGGGGCAAGGAUCGCACUGGGCCCGGGUUCAGCUGCAAGGACAGCAAACGGCACUGCGGCCAGGGUGACAACAACGGGACCAUGAGAACGCACAGCAACAGCAAGAGGAGAAAGAUGCUUCAAGUCGACAGCACUCCGCGGAACAGCAAUGCAAGGAGCAGAAACGGGAGCCACAGCAACGCAGACAGAAGUAACAGCCACCGUGGCGACAGCAGCUUAAGCAACAGCCAUCCCAGCAACGGCAACAACGCUUACCCGGGUGCCGUGACUCGACGGGAUAGCAGGAGCGACGGCAGCGACGGCCAUCAAUGCGAGAGCCAUGCGAGGAACGCCACCGAGAGCACGAGCACGCGUGCGCACAGCUGUAACGACAGCCGUAGCCAGCGCCACGCGAGCGCCAGGAGCGCUCCCGUGACGGCAUACCUGGUGAGCAAGGUGACCAAGAUGACGGGCAGCCACAGCGCGGUGGUCGGGAUGGGCUUCGUGGGGUUCCCGGUCAAGGACUCGGCACCGCCGAAAGGAGGAGGAAGGGGUGAUGAUAGAGCAGAAAUAGGUAAAGCAGGAGGUGGUGGUCGUGGUGGUGGUGGUGGAGGUGUCGCUGGAGGAGAAAGAGGCGGAGGAGGUGGUGGAAGAGUUAGCAGUGGAGGAGGUGUAAGAGGAGGAGGCGGCGGAAUAGGUGUUGGAGGAGGCAGAGUCGGUGAACGAGGUGGAGGAGCAGUUGGUGGAGAAGGAGGUGGAGGAGGAGGUGGAGGUAGAGCAGCACCAGCAACACCUCCAUCGACUUCGGGACUCAAAGGAGACCGCGCGUGGCACCGCCACGUGCAAGUGACCAACGAUGACGACGAUGACGACUACGAUGAUGAUGACGACGAUGACAGUGACGUUGACAGUGGCGGCAGCGACGAUGGCGGCGAGGAGGUGAAGAUGUUGUGGCUCUUCAAUAUAUCGGCCGACCCCUACGAGCGACACGACGUCUCUUCGCUCUACCCGGAGGUGGUGCUGGGCCUGCUGCUCCGUCUCGCUGCGUACAACCGCUCAGCUGUGCCCGUGUGGUUCCCUCCUCACGACCGGCGAGCCGACCCGGGCCUCACAGGCGGAGCGUGGCUUCCCUGGGACCCUGCCCCCUCACCACCACCACCAUCAUCAGGGUCAUCAGCAUCAUCAGGGUCAUCAUCAGAAUCAACAGCAUCAAAAUCUUCAGAAGAGUCAUCUUCAUUGGAAGUAGCGACAUCAUCGUCAUCCCAAUCGUCACCACCGUCUCAAGGUUCUACAUUGUCAUCGUCAUCGUCGCCAUCGUCAUCCGCAAAGGUUCCCAACGUCAACCCAACGGCGACAAAGCAGUGGCAGCAGCAUUGGCAUCAGCAAAAGCAGCGUGUUAAGGCUCAUCAUCAGCAGCAGCAGCAGAAAGGACAACAGCAGAAGCCACCAGCACCACCACAAAAACACAAUCAUCAGACUCAGCAGCAGCAAAAGCAGAAACAACAGCAGAAGCCACCACAGAAAAAUAAUCACCAGUCUCAGAAGCAGAAGCAGCAGCACCAAAAGCAGCAUCUGAAAAAGAAACAGCAGCAGCAGAAGCAGAAGAGACUUCAGCAGAAAAUGAGACAAAAGGUGGCUCGGCAGAGAGAGAGGCAGCGCGAGAGGAAGAUGCAGGCUGAGAAGAGGAGAGCGGAGGCGCGAGAGAAGAGCCGGAGUUGCCCGCUGUGCAAGCUCCGCUCGUAUUUUCAUAAACUCAACAUCGCCCUCACGCUGAACCGCAUCUGAGCUUUUCCUGUCCCCUUUUUCUAAGCUGGGGUGGGGGUGGAGAAGCUUUACACUUUACUUAGGGGCCAUUGCAGUGACACAAGUGACUGAGUUAGCACAGUGAUGACAUCAUCUUACUACUCUAUUUAAGCGCGGAAACAUGAAGACUUCUUCACAAUUAUGGCAAAUCGCCUGAUGAAGCUGGUUGUAAUCACCAGCGAAACGUAGUACUCAAAUUGUAAAUUUCAUGGGUUUACUCUCCAGCACUCCGGUGGUAGCUAAUCGGCACGUUUCGUUUUACGUGACGAACCUUACCGAGUGGCUGUGUCGGGUGGUGGUGGGUUAACGAUACAUUUACAUUUACGCGAUCUAACCCAAAAAGAAACCCCUUUAUUAUGAACAAGUGACUGAGCAGGACAUACAAAAAUAACAUUCACACAGUGUUGUUUCCAUGUCAAAUAUAUCCACCCCCUCCCUCUAGUAUCCGAUUAGUGCGGCUAAGACGCUUGCAGUAACGCGAGCAAAGGUCGUUUGAAGGGGGCUGUUUCGAAGUGGCAGGCCUUGUGUGGCCCUGGGCCGUGUGAAUCGGGGCCGCGGGGUAUUGCAUGCGGCCCGCUGGCCGCCGUUUCCUCUCCACGUCUCCCAUUGACCCCCCCGCCCCUGGUCAAGCAAUGACGUCACUUCACUCGUCUCCUCCGCGAGAAACAGAUAAAUAACUGAACUUCAACCAUACACACAGGAGGGAGCGCAGCAUUGCGUAUUCAAGCGAUCACAGCCUUAUCCAGACCACCAGUUCAAAAGAGCUGAACGCUUGGCAUAUUUUGCUGUGUCGUAACCCCCCCCCCCCUACAUUUUUUUAGAGUUGAGAAUACGUGGCCAUCCCAACAGGCAGCAGUGACACAGAGACAGGACUGUAGCGUGGUUGCAUCCUCAGAACUCAUCGGUACAGUAAAGUCACGCGAUGUCGGUGGCGCGCUCAUCGCCGUUGGCAGUCCGGAGCCAGCCAGAAGUGUAAAUUCCACAUUGCCAAGGUGGGUGAUGGGUCUCUACCAGGGAUACAACUACAUUAGGAUUUUUGACAAAGUAGUGCCAAUCAUUUUAUUAACUCCAUAGAGAUGAUGAUGAUGAUGGUUAUAUGUUUAUACAAAGUGAUACAUAUUUUAUCGGGCUCUGAAGACAUUAUAGCCGAUGUGGCCACGCGUCAGGCUGGUCGACUAUUUGGUGGAGGGGUUUCGUAAGAGCUGAAACUCCGGAGUGAAAAGCAGACGACCCAUAUACCUUUAAAGUACUUUUUCAGCCAGUGCAGAAUACGUCCAGCUACGAAUUACGGAGCUGUGCAUGGCAGCAAAUUAUGCUGAGAAAUCGGAAGAAGCACACAGAGCAGGGCACCAAAUGCUAAUUCAGACUCCCAGAGUCGUUGGUAGGACCCAUUGCGAUAGUAGGACCCACGCGAUUGCAUUGCACCACGAGGAGAUAACGUGCCGGAGAGGACAACCACUGUGAAGAUGGACCACCACCACGGCAAGAAUGCAUAUUUGAAUGAAAUAUGCGUAGAUUAUUCCAUUAUUAGUACUAUAGUUACUCUUGUUUACAUAUAGGAAAGCCUCACUGACCCCCAAGAGUAUUCCAGGAGGGUCCUACCAAAUUUUAAAUGCAGGACAGGGAAUUGUGCAUCAGACCACGUGUGCGUAGAAGGGCGGUCGCCCGAAACGUUGCCUAUUAUAUAUACCGGGUGUAUAUCGGUGAGCGCGCUGCGCUACGAACCCAGUGACCCGACUUCGAUUCCCGCUCGCGGCCAACACCAGUGUCAAUUAUCUGAACCGGUCCUGGGCCUCCCCUAGGUGGAUUCGGUCUUAAAUAAGUGCCUGGUGCGGUGUGUAAACAUCGACACUACGGAGACAAUGACGGCCGGGCCUGGUGCUGGCCGCACCACUUGCCCCAAAUUUCUGUUGUGGUUUAUGCUGCGUUUAUUUUUAAAAUUGUAGUUUUAAUUUAUGCCACUGUCGUUGAUUACAAUAUUUUGCGAUUAUAUUGUUUUAAUAAUGCAUUUAUUACGUUUAUGUAUUUGUUUUCUGCUUUCAAAGCCAUGUAAAUAUAAAUCUAUUACAAAUAAAACUAUGUUCACGACAUGGUUCACAAA